CUUUUCUUGCAUUUCUGUGGCUAUAUAUACAUACAUAACAAAAGAUUGGAAGAGAUAAAAAAGAAAUAAAAGAUUGUAUUUUUUUUUGUUUUUCCUUUGUUUUUUGGGGGGAUCAAGAAUGGUAAGGGGUAGGGUUGAGCUGAAGAGAAUAGAGAACAAAAUCAAUAGGCAAGUGACCUUUGCUAAGAGAAGGAAUGGGUUGCUGAAAAAAGCUUAUGAACUCUCUGUUCUUUGUGAAGCUGAAGUUGCUCUCAUCAUCUUCUCCAAUAGAGGAAAGCUCUAUGAGUUCUGCAGUAGCUCUAGUAUGCUCAACACAUUAGAGAGGUAUCAGAAGUGCAACUAUGGAGCACCAGACACAAAUAUAUCCACAAGGGAGGCUUUGGAGAUUAGUAGUCAGCAAGAGUAUCUCAAACUCAAAGCAAGAUAUGAAGCAUUGCAGAGAUCACAAAGGAAUCUUCUUGGUGAGGAUCUUGGGCCAUUGAACAGCAAGGAUCUUGAAUCUCUUGAGAGGCAGCUUGACAUUUCACUGAAGCAUAUCAGAUCAACAAGGACUCAAAUGAUGUUAGAUCAACUCACAGAACUGCAGAGAAAGGAGCAUGCUCUAAAUGAUGCCAACAAGUGCUUGAAACAAAGGUUGAUGGAAGGAAACCAGCUAAAUUUGCAUUGGAACAAUCCAAACACGGCACAAGAAAUGGGAGGGUAUGGACGUCAACCAACUCAUGACCAUCAUCAUCAGGCUGAUCUCUUCUUUCAUCCUCUCCACUGUGAGCCCACAUUACACAUUGGGUACCCAAAUGACCCAAUAACAGUAGGAGAAGCAGGGCCAAGUUUGAAUAACUAUAUGCCUGCAGGAUGUUCUAUGAGACUAACUCCUAAUUAUGAUUAUGAGGUUUCCUCGAUUGACAAAAAAAAACGAGGGUAUAUCGUCCAAAUAAUUGGUCCGGUCCUUGAUGUAGCCUUUUCACCAGGCAUGAUGCCUUCUAUUUAUAAUGCUCUGGUAGUUCAAGGACGACACAAGCAAGAACCAAACGUGACUUGUGAGGUCCAGCAAUUAUUGGGAAAUAAUCGAGUUAGAGCUGUCGCUAUGAGUGAUACGGAUGGUCUAAUGCGAGGUAUGGAAGUAAUUGACACGGGAACUCCAAUAAGUGUUCCGGUCGGUGGAUCAACAUUGGGACGAAUUUUCAACGUGCUUGGGGAGCCUGUGGAUCAAUUGGGUCCUGUCGAGACUAAUCAACUAUCUCCUAUUCAUAGAUCUGCACCCCCGUUUUUAAAGUUAGAUACAAGAUUAUCAAUUUUUGAAACAGGAAUUAAAGUUGUCGAUCUGUUAGCCCCCUAUCGGCGUGGAGGAAAAGUCGGAUUAUUUGGGGGGGCUGGAGUAGGAAAAACUGUCUUAAUUAUGGAAUUAAUUAACAAUAUUGCCAAAGCUUACGGAGGAGUAUCCGUAUUUGGAGGUGUAGGGGAACGUACUCGUGAGGGAAAUGAUCUUUAUAUGGAAAUGAAAGAAUCUGGAGUUAUUAAUCAACAAAAACUGGCCGAAUCAAAAGUGGCCCUAGUUUACGGUCAGAUGAAUGAACCCCCAGGAGCUCGUAUGAGAGUUGGUUUGACCGCCCUAACUAUGGCGGAAUAUUUCCGAGAUGUGAAUCGGCAAGACGUACUUCUCUUUAUUGAUAAUAUCUUUCGUUUUGUCCAAGCGGGAUCCGAAGUUUCGGCUUUAUUGGGCCGAAUGCCCUCUGCUGUAGGUUAUCAACCGACCCUAAGUACCGAAAUGGGCUCUUUACAAGAACCGGAUUCAGGAAACCCACCGGUCUAUCCGGUCGGGCCGCUCACGAAGAUUAGCGACCCGGGGAGAGUCAACGGGGCGGCGAACCGGUGUCCGAUCCUCGAGUGGUUGGACAAACAGCCACGUGCGUCAGUAGUCUACGUGUCUUUCGGGAGCGGCGGGACCCACACACAGAAGCAGUUCACCGAGAUCGCGAAUGGCUUGGAGGCAAGCGGGCAGCGGUUCGUAUGGGUGGUCAAGUGCCCAAAUGACGCGGCUUCCAACGCUGCCUAUUUUAGCGUCCAGAGUUUGACCAACCCUUUUGACUUUCUGCCAAAAGGGUUCGGGGAACGAACCAAGGAGUUGGGCUUGGUCGUGCCCGAUUGGGCUCCUCAAUCUCAAAUCUUGAGUCACGAUGCCGUAGGUGGGUUUCUGACCCACUGUGGGUGGAACUCGAUCCUCGAAGGCGUGGUCCGAGGGGUUCCUUUGAUCGCUUGGCCUAUGUACGCCGAGCAGAGAAUGAACGCGGUGAUGUUGAUAGAAGAUCUUAAAGUCGCGUUGAGGCCAAAAAUCGGAGAAGACGGGGUGGUAGGUAGAGAUGAAAUUGGUGACACGAUAAAGGCAUUGAUACAAGGGGACGAGGCGAAAGAAGUGCGUAAACGGAUGAGAGAGCUGAAAGAAGCAGCUCAUCGGGUAUUCGGGCCAGAUGGUUCUUCUGCCAACGCACUCGCCCGCCUCGCCUCCAAACUCAAAGCCUAUUCCGUUUAAUCAAAUCACAUUUAUUGGUUUUUUGUUCCUAUUUUGUUUGUAAAAAGGUUAAACUUGCCAAAUGUGAGGUGUACCUACUCUACCUUUUAAUGUGGUGUGUGACAUAGGUCUUGUUUGGGAAUGUUAGUUUUUUAUCACGUUAGCGUUUUGAAUAAAAAAUUUAAUGGGUU